AUGAUUUCCCUUAAUGAUACUAAUAAGCUUUAAUGUCAACCAAUAGAAACAUUUCGUAGAUUGAUACUGCCUCAUAAGAGUGAAGCAUCUUUAGGGGUUUAGGGUUUGACAAAACAUCCUAAUACUACUAGAAAUGCAUAAAGAAAACUAUUUAUUAUCUAAAAACCUUAGGAAGAAAGUAAUUAAGAGAAUUUAAAUACAUCAUCAAGUUUUGAAAAAAAUAUAGCUGAUGAACUUUUCAGACAUGAAGUUUGUGAUUGGCAAUCAUUUAUGUAGAAAGAAUAAGACAUAAUUCAUUAGAUGAAUACUUCAAAUGAUUUUUCAGAAGAACCAGGAUAGAGAGCAAAAACAUUAGAAUCGACUACAAAAAAUAAUUAAACGAAAAAAGGAAAUGAAAGGUAUCCAUAUUUUCAAAGAAUGAAACAAGGAAAGUAAAUUAUUAUGUAUAAAAAUAGCAAAAUUCUUCCAAAUUUAAGUACAUAAGACUUUCUAAGUUCUGUCAGACACACAACUAAAUUAAAUGAAUAUGCUAAAGUAUAUAAACAAUAACCUCAAAAUCUUUAUUUGAGUUUAAAUGUUUCUUAGCCUUAAAGAGUUCCAAAGACUUUUGGUUUGAUUCAAAAUACUUAAUAAUUAGUAUCUGUAAAUACAAAUCGAUGUUUAAGAUCAAGAGAGGAUUAUAGGGCAUUUUCAUGUGCUAUGUAAACUUAACAGAGUAAAAGUAUUACUACUUUGUAAAUGAAUCAUAAUAUUUUUGAUCCAAAGUAAUUAAAAGAUUUGUUACUAAGUUUUCCAACUACUUUAAAAGAUUUAGAAUUAAUCGACUGUAAAUUACACUAUCAACAUAUGGAUGUAUUAAUGAAUUACAUUAAUAAAAAUUAAAUAAGUAAAAUAAAUUUAGAAAAAAACAACAUUAGAGAUUAAGGAUGUAAAAUAAUAGUGAAAUAUUUAAUGAAUAAUAAUACACUAUAACAUUUGAAUUUGAAUAAUAAUCAAAUAACUGAAUCUGCUUGUUUGAGUUUAUCAAAUUUAUUGAAAUAAACACAAAGAUUAUUAGAAUUAUAUCUUGGAUAUAAUCAUUUAAAUUCAAGUGCUGGAAACACUAUAUGGAAAGCAAUGUAUAAGAAUACAAGCAUUAAAAUAUUAGAUUUAUCACAUAAUAAUAUAGCAUCUCUUGAUUCUGCUACAUCAAUAGCUAAAGCAAUAGCUAGACCAUAUAAUGAAUUACUUCAUGUAGAUCUUUCAUAUAAUAAAUUCACUUAUUUAUAAGCAUAAAUAAUUGCUGAUGCAUUGAUUAAAAAUGAAACUAUAUAUGGAUUUCAUUUUGAAGGCAAUUAAACAGAAUUAGUUGUCAAUUAAAAUGGAUUUUUAAUGAAUAAUAUUUAAUUAAAAAAAAUUCAAAGUGAUAAAUUAACCUUACUGUAUAAGCAACCACAAUAUUUUAAGUUAUUGGAUUAACCUAAGAAGGAGUUUUCUGCAGUAACAAAAUAAUAUGAAGAAUUAGUCAUGCCAUAUAGUAGAUAAAGAAAAAUUAGAUCUACGAAAAUUAAUAUUUAAAAAGUUAAUUAAAUGGGAAAAGUAGAUACUUGUUGGAUUUGUGAAGGAUGGUAAGAAAUUAAAUUUGAAUGGACUGCUUAUAAAUCAGGAAGUUUAUCUAAUGAACCAAUAUUUAUUCAUUUUGAUUUUGAAGAUUAUAAACCUCUUUUGAUGACUCAUUUAAAUCAUGAAUUUUUUUUAAUCAAAAUGUGUCCACCUAAUUAUGAUAUUCAUUAUUUUUUUACAAAUCCAAUAUUAGGUGUAUAACAACCAGCACUUGAUCAACCAAUUAUUUAAUUAGAAAAUCCUUUACCAUCUAUACCUUUUCUUUAUAAUGAUGAAAUUUUAGUAGAUGGAAAUAUAAUUGAAUGUUUGAAUGUGUUAAAAACAUUUAAUAAAUAAUAAUUAUUUGAUAAAUAUAUGCCAUUAGUUUAAUGUAAACCAAGAGAACCUUUAGCUAAAUUUGAUUUCUCUCCUUAUCUAAAUAUAAAGAAACACUGUUGGUCAGUUGAAAAUUCAAUAUUUCGAAAUUUCUAACCAGAUACACCUUAAUUAAUUGAUUAAUGUUUUGACUUUGAUUUUUAGAAUUCAAAAGUUACUAGACUUGUGAAAGAAAGUGAAAUUACAGAUGUUAAAGAAUGUCUCAAAGAUUUAUAUAAAAAUUUAUUUCACAUUUAUAAAUAUCAUGCUUCAGGAUCAUUGAAUACACCUAUUCCUUGUAUAAUGAUAUAAGAUUUCAUUGAUUUUUUAGUUCAAACUUCAUUGAUGGAUGGAAUGAAAACUAAUGAUAUAGACAUUAGUUUUACUUCUACUAGUGCAGCAAAGGAUGUAGCAUUUCCAUAAGCAUAUGAAAAAGGUAUUGUCAGAUGUUAAUUAUUGGAGAUCAUGAUUAGAUUAUGCAACGAUAAAUUUAUAAGAUCUGGAAUUUAUACUACAAUGGUAGAUUCAAUUGAUGCCAUUAAACAAUAAUGUCAAGAAUAUUUUAAUAAAUUUGAUUAAUCUUAACAAUGGAGAAAGAAUAGACUUUGGAAUCAAAAAUGUGAUAUAUUGUUGAAUGAUAGACUUGCUAUGCUUAAAUCAUUAUAUAAAUAUUGUUGUAAAUUAAGUAAGAAACCACAAUAAUUUAAAUUUGAAUAUGUAUCAUAUUCAGAUUUUAAAGAUUUCAUAACUGAAUGUAAAUUAAUUUGUGAUGAUUUAACUGAAAGAGAAUGUUAUUUAGUUUAUCUUCAAUCAAUGGUUACUUAAAAGGAUGAGCUUUUCUCUUCUAAACACUAUUAAAUGAAUUUUCAUGAAUUUAUUGAAGCAUGCAGUCGUUUAGCUGAAAAAUUAUCUAUUAUAAGAGGAGACAAACCAAUGGAUAUUGAUGAUAGAAGGGCUAAAGAUUUGCAUACCAAAUUAGAUGGUUUUUUAUUAUAUGUCUAUUUGAAUAUUGGAAGUCAAAUGAAAGCCUCAUUAUCUCCAAAUGAUCCUGAUAUUAAAGGAGUUGAUAAAUGUAUGAUUAAUGAUUUUAAGUCUCUCAAAUAGAAAUUAGAAGAUUCAUUUACUGAUGGAGAUGAACCCCCAUAUGAUCCAAAAGUUGAAUUACCACAUCUUUCAAGUUAAAUAACUAAUUUAUUGGGAAAUACAAUAGGAGGUAAAAAAUAAACUCUUAGAUAACAAAUUAAAUAAAUGAAAAAAGAAGAACAAAAGUUCUCUCUAAUUAAUUUUGUUUAAUAUUUUAAAAGCAUUUAACAAAUAAACAAAGAUUAGGAUGACUGA